GGUGGGGGGUUAGGGAAAGGCUAACCAGAGAGCGGUGUGCAUGGCACAGCUCCCCAGGGCAGCGGGCACGGCCCCGAGCUGCCACAGCUCAGGGAGCAUCUGGACAAUACUCUCAGAGAUAGGGUUUGCGUUUCGGGUGGUCCUGUGUGGAAUCAGAGAUUGGACUCGAUGGUCCUUGUGAGUCCCUUCCAGCUCAGGUUGUUCUGUGCUUCUUUGAUAGAUCUCACUCUUUAUGACAAAGCAAUUGACUCUCUGUUUAAUAUUAUUGCAUUCGGAGGUAAAUGUGAUCCAAGUUAAAGUCAUUUAAGUUGAAAGUCAUUAGCAAUGGUAUAAGCUAUAAUUUUCUAUUGACUGUUGAUGGCAGGCAUUGUGUGUACACGUACAUUCUUGACUUUCUUGUGUUUUAGUAAGAGGAAAAAGUCAGGAAUAGCAGUAAAUAGAGAAACUGAAUAUCUAUUUGCUAGUUAAAUUCAGCCGCUCCAUUAUGAGAUCAAACCUCCACAUUUAACAGUGCUUCUGAUUUAUGUUGAUACUGUUAAAGAGGCAUAUACAUAUAAUUAUCCCUAGAUUUCACAAGUAUUUAGGGGAUUUAUAUUAUAUAUUCUUCAUAUGACAGUAAAAUGCAGGCUUUGUAAUUCUAAUAUAACUCCUUCAUUUAUAUCUGUUUCUAAUGUAGUUUGAGUUAUAUGCUUAGGAAAAAUGUACUAAACAUACAUUGGAUGAAAACAUCCCUCCAUAUGAGGAUGCUGUUCACUGAACAAACUAACUUGCUUACUAAUAACAUCUAAUACAAUUGGAAGUAUGAAUUGUCUGAUAUCAGAAACAUGAAAGAAGCAUAUUUUAAAUCACUCACAGUUUCUUUGCCAGUUUUCAGAAGAUCACUUGCAUUAUUUCAUCUACAGUCAAGAAAACUGAUCUGUUUUGGUGCCCUGUGGGGGGAGAUCAGCAGUUGAGUAUGAGACUCCUACCAGGGACUGUUUAUCAAUUUUCCCGCUGCACAGAUGCUGCGCUAGAAGAUGAUUUACCUCUGAAAGUACUAAGUGGCAAGCGCAAGUGUGUGUUGACUGACUUGCUUAUUAAACCCAGUAUUGUAUCAAAAUGUGAAGGUGGGAGUUAGCUCUGCAAUGAAAGUAAGCCUGUAGCCCUUCUAGGGAACAGUGUUUCAUGGAAUGUCACUUUUGCUUUCAGUUUUUCUCAUGUUGACCACUGUAUAUCGUGUGUAUUUUGAAUUUCAUUUUGUACUGGAUAAGCUUUGAAUUUGAGACUUUUUUUCCAUUUCAUUGUAUGAAAGAAGAGCUCAUCUUGUCAAAUAUGCAGCUGCAAGUUUUACAUUGCAGAGGAAGGCAGCAUUUUUGACAGUGUUGCAAGAGGACAGAUGAAAAGGAAAGAGUAUUUUGACUGUUCCUGUUGAUAGCAUUCUUCCUUGCUGUUGCCGUUUCCCAUUUAACUAAGGCUGUUUAAACAGGACAGUUGCCAGAAGUGCAGCACCAUCCUCAGCAGCUCGUUUUUGCACCGCGUCAUGGCGCAGCACUUGUGUGUGUGUGUGGACUAUGUGGUAAAUUGUUCUGGUACCGAGAUGCCACGCUGUUGAUAGCUUCAGGGAAAGCUGUGAAAGUACAUGGGUGGGGAAUGGUAUGGCUGGCUACUCUCACUGUAGCCUUGGAUCAGCAUAAAGUGACCAGGAAACCGCACCCUAAAUUUCCAGUGAUAGCCAAUGAAAUGAACACUCAUAUGAUUCAACAAUCUGACCAUUAUCUCUGCAAUUAACUUUCUUAAUCACACCAUACUACAAGUAAUUUAACUUGGUGUUGUUAUUCAUUAAAAGUCAUGGUGUAUUAUAGUGGCAUUUAAAGUCUGGGAGAAGACACUUCCUCAAAAGCGCAUACCAGAAGCACAGGAAUCAAUAUAAUGCUUUCUUACAUACAUUCUAGUCAUGUGGUUGACCCCACCAGAUGCUCACACAAUAAUCCCUGCUGGGAUCUUAUUGCUGUAAACAAACAUUACCAGCUCUUGGGAGCUAGAUUGCUUUUACCAUGGAAACAAGGGUGAUCCAUAGACAGCUCAACUGGCAGAAAUCAAAUCUUAUGAUUUCUUCUGGCUUGGGAUCAGGUUGUGUGGAGAAAUUGGGGACUUGGUAACCCUUUUCUUGAGUUUAGGGGCAUGGUUGCUAGGGGUACAGUCGCAUGUGAAAAGGACAUGAAGCAACUUCCCUCUGUAACGAAGACCAGGCUGCUGCUGAUUUGUUCUCCUGUAUCUUGCAGUGAUUUGAUUGAGAGCAUUGCUGCAACUUUGAUUCUUGCUUUCUGUGUAGCUCCUAGACUCCAAUACUUUUGAGGAGCAUGGAGGAUUCAGAGAAUAUUUAUGGAAAUGUCAGAGUGACAGUGUUUCUAGGGCUCAUUUUGUGUAACCAUGUGAACUAAGCUUCAUUCAUUAUCAGACAGCAGACUGACAUACACCUUCAAACUCUUAACCAGAACAUGUUGUUCACUAGAAACACUUAGAAUACAGUUUGCCAGUCAGCAAAUUAAAUGCACGUUGCCACAGUGACCCAAAGACCUCUGCAAAUUAAAUGAAUAUAGCAUUUGAGGUGCGUGCUAGGUGACUUAGUUUAAUCUGUAAAUUAUACAUAAUCCCUCUUGAUUUUCAUAGGUCUUAUUUUUCUACCAAGCUUUUCUUAGCUUGAUGAGGAUUUUCUUUCUAGCUUCAUUUCUCUGGAGCUUUUUGUUGUUCAUAUUUUUCCUUUUACUGCCUACUAUAAUGCAUGUGUUUUCUUACUUUUUUUUAAUGUCACUUCACUUCCUUUUAUUUUUCAGUCUCUCUAAUUUCUCUUUCUUCCUUCAUGUAUGCAGACAAGGUACUCAUUCAGAUCUUGUGUUACGAGAAGAAUUACUUGAGCUUUACAUCUGUUCAUUCCCUCUUGUUUCAGUUACCUGUCCUUUCCUAAAACAUCAUCAGAUUGGAAUCUGUAGGGUUUCUUUGUUUAUUUUGUUUUCAAGUUAUUUGUUGCACAAUAUAAUAAAUUCGAUAUGGUAGAAACUGUAGUGCGAAACUUCCUCCAUGGAAGCUUCUUGAACUCAAAAGUACAUGAUUUGUUAACUUUUCAUUUGGCUUCUGUCAGUGCUGACAAUCUUUCUGUAUGAUAGAAAUUAGCAGAGGUACACAGAAGCUUGCUCUCCACGUAGAAGCGGUCAGUUUCAGAAGAUAAGUAUGAAAUGCAGAUAUCCUUAUUCUCUUGAACUUUUUAAAAAUUUUUUUAUGUUUUUUUUCCCUUGCUCUUUCUCCUCUGAACAACCAAAUAUUUAUAGGGAAAGGAUGCCGAAGAGUAACUGAAGAUAUACCCUGAAAAAAUACAGAUGUUGCCCAGUCUUAUAGGUGAAACAGACUUGGGCUGAGGAAGAAAGACUACUGCAUGUGAAAGUGUCAUGCAGGAAGAAAUGAUAAGUGAGGAUGAAACAAGGCAGACAACAAAGCAGACCAGAGAAAAAGGUCAAGAAGACCUUGUAACAGAUGUUUCUGCUGUUGGUUUUAAGCGUGGACCUGACAAUCUUCUUUCUUCUAGUGUCAGUGGAAGGCCUCUUACCAUGAGCAAUUCUACUCCAGCUAAAGGUAAUGGGAAUGACAGCAAGAAAUUUAAAGGAGUGAGAUCGCCGUGCUUACCUUCUCGUGUCCUUCAUCUUCGUCAAAUUCCAGAUGAUGCCACUGAAGCAGAUGUCGUUUCAUUAGGUCUCCCUUUUGGCAAAGUAACCAAUGUAUUGAUUCUAAGAGGAAAAAGUCAGGCUUUUUUGGAAAUGGCUUCUGAGGAAAAUGCUGUUAGUAUGGUGAACUACUGCUCUUCUGCUAUACCUCACAUCCACAGUCAGCCUGUGUAUGUUCAGUAUUCCAAUCACAGAGAACUUAAGACUGACAGUCUACCUAGUCAGGCUAGUGCUCAAGCUGCAUUGCAAGCUAUGAAUACUGUGCAGUGUGGAAACCUGGCUGUUACAAGUACUUUUGCUGCUGAAGGUGGGCUCUCUCCAGCUCACAGUUCUGUUCUCCGAAUCAUUGUUGAAAAUCUUUUCUACCCUGUCACUUUAGAAGUGCUGUAUCAGAUUUUUUCUAAAUUUGGAUUUGUCUUGAAAAUUGUCACCUUUACAAGGAACAAUCAGUUUCAAGCAUUGAUCCAAUAUGCUGAACCUGUGAAUGCAUAUUAUGCCAAAAUGGCUCUGGAUGGCCGAAAUAUCUACAAUGCAUGCUGCACUCUACAUAUUGAUUUCUCCAAGUUAACAAGCCUUAAGGUGAAGUACAACAAUGAGAAAAGCAGAGAUUUCACUCGCUUCGACCUUCCAGCUGCUGAUGGCCAACUACCCCUGGAUCCAGCCAUAAUUGCUGCCUUUGGCUCCCAAGGUAUCAUCUUCCAACCAUAUGCAGGGUCUGGUGGAUUUGCCCCGGUCGCAUGCGUUCCUCAAGGUGCUGUCAUCACAUCUGCGGCAUCUGUACGGAUGAAUAAUCCAGCUGUUCCAGGAAAUUCUGUUUUACUUGUCAGCAACCUCAACCCUGAGGCCAUCACACCACAUGGACUUUUCAUCCUAUUUGGUGCUUAUGGUGAUGUGCUUCGUGUGAAGAUCAUGUUUAAGAAUAAAGAAAAUGCUUUGGUUCAGAUGGCAGAUGCAACCCAGGCUCAAAUAGCUAUCAGCAACUUGAAUGGACAGAAGCUUUAUGGGAAGUUCAUCCGUGCAACUCUUUCAAAACAUCAGAAUAUUCAACUCCCUCGUGAAGGAGAAGAGGACAAUGGUCUGACAAAGGACUAUAGUAAUAGCCCGUUGCAUCGCUUUAAGAAGCCUGGCUCUAAGAACUUCCAGAAUAUCUUUCCUCCAUCUGCCACCCUGCAUCUCUCCAACAUCCCGCCUUCUGUUUCUUUUGAUGAUCUUAAGAGUCUUUUUGCACGUACUGGGUCUACUGUGAAAGCCUUCAGAUUCUUCCAGAGAGAUUGCAAAAUGGCUCUUAUCCAGCUGGGCUCUGUGGAAGAAGCAGUUCAUGCUCUCAUUGAACUUCACAAUUAUGACCUAGGAGAAAAUCAUCACCUCCGAGUUUCCUUCUCAAAAUCUACAAUUUGACUUUUCUGUGAAUGUUCCUUUUAAAAUUGCAUUGCAGUUUUGUGAAAAUCAUCAAAUAGAGACUGAAGUAGCUGCGACCAGUUCUGCCUCUUAAAAGAAAAAGCUCGUUCAUACACACAGCAAAGAAUUAGGGGAUAAUCUUUUCUGAUUUCAGCUGCCAGUAUAUGAUCAAAGCUUAAUAUUCAUCGAUAAGAAGAUUAAAUUUCUUUAGAAAUAAUAUUUAUCAUCAAAUUUCCUAUUUUAAUUCUUCUUUUGAGAAUAUAUUUUGAAUUUUUGUUUCAAAUUAGCCUUAUUAAAUAUUUUAGAGUGCUUUUUCAAUAUACCAAACUGAGAAUGUUUCUAACAAAAUGGUAGAUCUACUCUACGCAUAUUAAACACUGAUUUGAAUGUGAAGUAGUGCUUGGCUUUCUUGGAAAAAAAAAAACCAAGCACUGAUUGCAAACGCCCUCUGAGCAGUAUUUAUGUUACUAGAGUGUGUGUUAAUACUUUGGCAAAUCUUUAAGUAACUUUUUUAAAACAUAAAUUUUGUGCUGUUCAUAUGGGUUAAAUAAGUAGAGGAAAGGCAGUGCCUUUUCUUAGUGGAGUAAAAGAUAUUUGAGUUUCUCCAAGCUGUGACAUUAGAGUCUUAGCCUGGCUUCAUCCUGGAAUGGAAGUUUGAUGUGUUAUUUUACUAUGAAGUGAUAUUGUGUAAUAGUAUUUUGAAGAAAAUAAGAGGAGAAAAUAGUCCUGAUUUCAAAGAGUUUUUUACAUUUCUUUAAAGAAUAAAAUGUUUACAGUCUUAUAGAAAAUAUUCAGGUCUAUGAUGGCUUAAUGAAUUUUUAAGAAGUUAUUUUUGGUAAGGUCAUAUUUGGGGAUGAAAAAUUAAACCUCAAGAGUUUUUUGUACCAAUAUACUUACUGUGUAUUUACUUAAUUUCUUAUUAUGUGCCUUACUCUGUGCUUAUGACACAAUAGCUUUGAGUUUUAUCUGAAGUAUCUUGAAAAAUGUCAUGUGGGCUUUUAAAACUGUCUUUUUUUUCCUUGUAAAUAUUUUCCUAACUGCUACUUUUUUAUUUUCCCCCCCUCUUGAACUCCCCCAUCCCCACAAAUAUUCUAACUUCUAGUCUCUGGUGCUUUAGUGUAGAGAUAGGGUACAGGUGAAAAUUAAGUUUAAAUCAUUAUACAGUCCUGUUGGCCUCUUUGAACUUACCUGGUUGCAGUUGUCUGAUACCUACAUUUGGCUGAAAAAUACCUUUACACCCAGAAAAAUACACAAAAGAACAACCAACCAAAAAAAAAAAAAACGAAAAAAAAAAACAAAACAAAAAAUCAUACAGAAAGGCAGAAGAGCAAAUUCCACUCCAGUUUCUGGAACUUAAAUUUUUGAGAGAUGCUGUUUCAAAUAAUUCUCUUUCAGGUUCCUGCAUUUACCAUGAAAAGCAUUCGUUCAUUUGUCAAAAAGUUCAAUACUGAACGUCCAAUUCUCUUUGGAGAAUGAGCUGAGAUGCAGUUAGUUUUUGUAUAGAAAGUACAUAUGAACAUUACUGAUUUCUCUCAUUAAAGAGUUCUUUUUUCUUUGUAAGGGCUUUUUCUUUUCAGAAUUUACCAAAAAUACAUCACUUUUUAGAAGUGAUAUCAUCACAUUUAAAUGUUUAUAACCACUGCAGAAUUUUUUUUCUGUGGUAAUAUUUUGCUAGUCAUUCAUUUUGUUCUUUUAUGAUUUUUAAUAGUUGUAGAAUUUUUUUCCUAUCUUUCCAGAAUAAAGGGUAUAAUUCUUGAAAGACCUGAGUAUUUUGGAGUAAGCUUCUUCAGAUUGUUACUCUGAAUUACUUCUGUAAAAUCAGUGAUAUACUAGCUUGCCUUGCUUUAAUGUCAAUAACUUGAGUUGCAGCAGCUAAUCAUACUAAAGAAGGUGCCAGGUCUCUAAAAUACAACAAAAGCAUGCCAUUUGACAGUAAGUAAAAUGCUGACUAUGUAGGUGGCUACAGUAGGUUUUAGCCAACACAUAUAAAUAACUUUUCAGAAUGUUAUAUUUAAUGGGAAGCUAAAUGCUUAGGAAUAACAGACAAUGUUAUCUUUGGGAUUUGAGAUACUCUUUUCAUUUCCCCCCCUUUCAAGUGACUGAUUCAAUCUGGUGAAUUGUAAACCCUUUAUAAAAAAAUAAUUAAAAAAAAAAAAAGAAUUGAAAGAAGUGCAGAAUCAGAGCUCCCAGAACACUCUACUAGAAAAUAUCAUCUUCUUGUUUUUAGCAAAGUGCCAUGUUGGAAGGACCCUUUUUGAAAAAGGUCCUACCUGCAAAUGAACAAGGUAGUUAAUUCGUAGUUCAUGCCUAUGCUUAAUCUUCUUAGCUGUUAGGCUGAUAACAGUUAAAGACAGUUGCUAGGAAUGUUCCUUGUUACUGCACAUAGUUUGUUAGUACUGGAACAUUAUUCGUAACAUAUGAUUUCUCACUUUUUUAAAUGAACUACAGCUGAAGGGGAAAGGAAUCAUAUUAGACCUGAAUGUAAUUCUAAAGCAGAGAAAAGGAACCUUAAAUUUGAGAGUGAAUAUUGACACAUGUAAUAUCAAUAUGUGUAUGCUGUAUCACAUGUUAUAUGUGUAUACAAACAUACAAAUUACAUGCCAUUUUAACUUGUUGAUUGUAAUAACACUUAAUGCUAAUGCUUAAACAAAUGUGAAAGGAUAAGAACAUACAGCAUUCUCACAGAAAGGAAUAAUCUUUUUAUUUUGUCUUAGUGUUAGAAUAGAAGUAAUGUCAGCUCUGAACUUCGUGCAGUUUGAAAUGAGGAGGCCUACAGUUUGUUGCCAGAGAUUUAAAGAUUUUAAUGUCAGAAAAAUGUGGAUAAUAGAUAUUUGUGAGCUUGUUAGUUUGUUGUUGUUAUUUUUUUCUUCUAUGAUAUAUUUGUCCUGUAUCUUUCUGUCAUUAUCUUUUUUUAUUUUUGUUUCCUUAAUUGAACCUUUCUUGUCAACUUACUUGUAAACUUAUGUAUUUCUCAGAGACACUGCCUCUUAAAGAGAUCUGCUUUACCAGAUGUGCAGACAAGCCUCAAAAAUAGCUGCACAUCUUGACGUUUGCUUAGCAGAAUGAUGGUACCAGUUAAGGCUAGCUUCUGCCUUGAAUAAUUAAAAGUGAAAAUGUUACUAUAAUGCACUGUUAGUGAAGGAAAAGGACAAAAGGAGUAACUCUUAAAUUGUGCUUGACUUAUCAGUGUAAAAGCACAGUUGCAUCUCAGUUUGUGAAUCUCUAAGCAGUGUGUGAGCUGACUUGACUUUAUAGGUUCUUACACUGAUGCAGGUUGGAAAUGAAACUCUGAAGGCCUUAAUCCUACCUCUCGCUGGGAUUAGAGCUGACCAUGCUGUCAGAGAUUUUCCUAAUAUCCGACCUAGCAAUCUGUUACCUUUUGUUCUAUCACGGCACAGCUCCCUGAAAGAUUCUGGCUUCGUCCUCUCUAUACAAUGCCAUUAAGUUGUAGAAGACAGGUUCGUAAUUUCUUUAAUAUAAACUCUUAAUUUCUGUUGAAGUCACUUGUGAAGCGUGUCAUAAUGUGUAACACAGAAGUUGUACUCUAAAACACUAGUGGUUAAAUUCUGACCUCAGCUACCAGAAAUGGAUGAGUUCUCUGCCUUUGUAUAUUUUAAGUCAAAAAUCAGCCCUGGGUUACUUCCAGCUCCUACUUUUUUUUUUUUUUUUUGUGGCAGCAUAUUGGCUCAAAGUGUAGUAAGGCCUUCUUAACCCAGGAGAAACUCAGUGGCUUUUCAAAUGACCUGUAAUAUGUUGCCUAAUUGUAAAGCUUCAGCUUCUUCGAAUUUCUUUAAAUGCCUUGGAACAUCAGAUGAAAUUUUAUUUUUAGUUUGACUUAGUUGCACUGUGUGCUGGUCCCGUCAAUUGUACAGCUUUGUGCUCUGAGACAGAUUUCUUUUCUGUGCUUCAGUUAUCUCCACAGAUCUGAAGAGAUUUGCCUAUACAAUAUUUUCUGUUUACAGGUGGCAAACCUGUGUUUGCAUACAGAGAAAACUAUUUACCCAUACUGAAAAAACUACAGGUUCAUCUUCCUCUCCUCAGAUUCUUUUAUUUUUAGUUGUAAAGUGAUUCAGGUUUUUUUUUUUUUUUUUAAGGAUGCAGACCUAUUCCUUGUAAUUGUACAGCUAGCCAUGUACUGCUGUUUUUCAAAUGCUUUUAACUUUUGUCCUGGUGUGCUUUUAUCUGAAUCAGAUUUACCAGACUUAGUGUUUUUACUGUUGUGCUGAAAAUAUAGUGUUCAGAUUACACAGUUUUUCCUUUAACUGUAUAUUUAAGUCUGCUGAUGGUUUGUUUGCUCUAUACAAGACUGUUUGCCUGUUCUUUUAAAAGAAAAUCCCAAUGGUUGGGAGUUGUGAAUUAUUUCGUGAAAGAAUUGAAAUAUUAUCAAGCAUUUAAUUUCAGACCCUGAUGGUGUGAGGUGAGUGGGGUAUAACAUAAAGCGGGACCAAAGUUUAUGUGCCUUCAGUAGUUCUCUGUGUAGAGUUUUCUCAUAUCUACUGCUGUUUGAUGUACAAUAAAUACUCUUUUUUUUUUUUUCCCCUGGAAAUUGUAUGUUUAUAUUGUUAAGAAUGAAAGUUGUCCACUAACUAUACAGGCAGCCAAUUAUAACUUCAGUACAGAUUUAAUGAUACAUUUGCCUUCACUGCUGCAGGCUUGGGUUUGUAUUUUGUGGGGGCAUACUGCAGUAUAACAGAAUCCAAGCAUAAUCCAUAUUUCCAACUUGAACAGUGACAAUAGUUUGCGACUGGAGCAGACCCCAACAAGGGAAAUGCUUAUGUAGCUGAAAGUCCUUGACCGAUGCUGAAAGCUUCUACAUUAGACUACUGUCAUCUCAUCACUGUAAGCAGUUUUUCCAUUCUUGGAAACUGCAUUACUUAUGAUGAGUGGGAAUCUAACCACUUAGUCCUUUUUAAGCACUUAUCAAGUUUCCUUGAUCAUGUUGUCUGCUUUCUGCAAAAUUUCACCCUAGAACUGCAGCAGCAGAUAGAAGGUGUUACUAAGCAAGUAGAUUCUUGUGUCAGAACAUCACCUCAUUCUCUGACCGAAGACUGACUGUACUGGUUUUAGUGAGACAUUCUGUGAAAACUUUUCUCUCAAGUUCCUCUCUGAAGGGAAGACCCAGUGCAAAGUGGCCUUUACUUGCUGUUUGUUGAUGAAACGCUUAGUCCAUAAAGAAAAUGAGAUUGUAACAUGAAACCUUGCCUACAGCACUGGGUUAAUGGACUACUUUUAGUACUGUAUCCAAGACAUUCAAAAGUGUGGCUAGAAAUUGUUGAAAUUCUUUCAUUUUACAUUAUCUGUUCAUAAAAGUCCCUUUUAGUUAAUAAAAACGUUCAUCUAAGACAAGAAAGUGAUGUAAAUAUUUGUAACACCUUUUUUUUUAAAAAUGGUAAAAAUGGCUUUGGUGGGCAAAUUGAAGUGUAAAAUGUUUUUAUAUAAAAAAUUGUAUGUUUUAAUAAACAAGUACCAGCUUUCACUUGUAAAGCAGCUUCUGGCAUUGGAGAAAAAAGAUUCCAUGUUUGCUUAUAUAUAAUAUAUGUGCAAAGAUGAUGUAAUAUUAAAAAGAAACUCUAUUUUCUAAUUGUGUAGUGCAUGGUUAGGUUGUAUUUGUUUAUGCUGCAAUAUGUUGUUUCAUUUAAGUUCAUGUAUAUGCUGAUUAAUUGAUACCUGUAUCUAACUCCCUAACUCUAGUUGUUGUAGCAUGCCUUUUAAUAAAUGUCAUUACAUCUGCACUCUCAA